CGAUCACUUAACCAGUCCAGGUCAGGCUGCCGCGCGCGCCAGAAUUCGCAUUAGAUUCAGGGUCAGAAGUUCGUCGACUAAAUGCUUCUCGUCAACUUCCAUAAUCGUACAAGGGCCUCGUGGCUCUGAGCACACGUGUAUUCCCAGAGCUCUCCUCCAUCAUCUCAUCCGUUAUCGACCAUGUCGUUGCGGCAAAAGGCUGAAGCUCUCAGGCAAACGAUCGAUGAUCUCCUCGUAGCGGGAGGUGACAUAGCGGUUCCGAUCCUCAGAGUCGUCAAUGCUACGGCUAAUUGGUGUCCCCCUCUAAAGAUGGCGACUGGUGGUGCACUCUCCAUCCUCGAUGAGGUUAAGAAGUUCAAGGAGAACGAGAAGGAAUGGGCUGAUUUUGGUCAAUACGUAGUGGACAUGGUGGCCGAGGUGAUUUUAGCCAUAGAAUCCUAUGAUACGUCAGCAGAGGAGGCAAAGCCGUGGGUGGAAAAUGCAAACAAGCUUGGUGGCGCGCUACAGAAGGUUAAGUCCGAAAUCGAACGAAGAUUGAAAAAAAUCGAGAGACGAGCGACUUUCAUAAAUACAUUGUCCUACUUGAAAGACCCAGGAAGGAUCGAUGGUCUAAAGAAGGAUUUUGACAAAUCAUUGGCAUUGUUUCAGCUCAGGACGAAUUUAAUAACUAGCUCCAAAUUAGCGGCCAUAGAACGUCGUCAACAGGACGACAAAAUUCUCGAUAGUCUCCGAUACCCUCAUGUCGCCCACGAUGAUUCCACUCAGGCAUGCCUAAAAGAUACUAGGGUUGAUCUCCUAGAGCGUAUCAUGACAUGGUGUCACAACACACGGGACAGCGAGAACCGGCUAAUGCUGUUGACUGCUGUUGCUGGCGCUGGCAAGACUGCAAUUGCACUCACGAUAGCAGAGAGAUGUGCCAGUGACGAGGAUGUUACCCUAUUAUUACACUACUUCUUUAAAGAGGGCGAACGGUCGCGGCCCGAUUUUGUAUUCAGCGGCAUAGCUCGAGCGCUUGCAGACCAUGAUCCUGUUUACCGCACUUUCAUUACCUCUGCUCUUCGGAAAGACCCUAGUCUCUCAACAACUUCAUUUACAAUGCAAUUCAAGAAAUUGUCCCUUGCCGAAAUUCUUGGGGAGGAAGUGCCCAAGCUACCAUCUUCUGUAAAAUUCUUUCUCACAUCGAGACAAUUUGAUCUCGUGAAUCGCUACCUCUCCCCCGAUUACCCAAUCUAUCGCCUCACUAUCAAUCUCUCGGACGAGACAAAUGUGCAAGACUGUGCUAAAUACAUAUGCUUCCAGCUGCAAAAGCUAAAGAAAUUGCAUCGGGAUUAUGCAAACGGCCUGUUUAUUUGGAUCAGCACCAUCUUUCGCUACAUGAAGAUGGCGAACAAGGAUCCUAUGAGGACACUAGAGAGCCUACUUGACACAGGUGCUAAACGACCUGAUGUCCCUGCUGAGAAGAUGAUGGAUGACUUGUAUACAAGUAUCUUGAAGAAGUGUGCUUGGGACGACGAAGAUUUUGCGGAUGAUUACCCAAUCAUGAUGGGAGCGAUCUUCCUUGCACAGCAGCCUCUAUCGAUCACAGCCUGGGAUGCAAUUUUGUCGCCUUCCCUCAAGUCUUCUGUGCGAUAUAUGUUGGCUGAACUUGCUCCUCUCCUCUCAGGAGUUGAAGAUUCUCACAUUCCGAUUCGCAUCUUACACCAAUCUCUCCGAGACUUUGUUGUUGAUCGGAUCGAUUCCCAAACGAUCAGCUCUUGUUGCAGUCCAGUAAAUGUGGGAACAGAAAAUGCCAGGGUUGCCCUGCGAUGCACCGAGAUUCUGAACGAGGAACUCUGCUCUAUAAAGGGCUUAGGACUGAUUGAAAACUUGUCCAAAAGCGAUGAAAUGCCACCUAUUGCUCCAAAGGAGUUGUCUGAGCACUUUCAAUAUGCAUGUCGCUACAUUGUUCAUCAUCUCAGUGGGGUCCAGGAACCAUCACAGCAGCUUUCUGGAUCAGUUGGCAUGUUUCUAAGUCAGCAGGCGACUCGCUGGGUGGAAGUCUGUGUGAGAAUGGGAAGCUAUGUCAGUAUUUUGUCACUCCCUGAGUGGGCUAAGUUGGCUGUUGAUCAUAGGUCAAAAGGCUCUGUCAGCAUGCUGGCUAAUGCACUUGCCGAGCUUCCAUGGAAUUUGAUAUUUCUUUCAAGAUUCCAGGAGGCAUGUGAGGCAGCGAAUGAUUCCGUUGUACUUUGCCGUUACCUUUUUUCCGUGGACUCAGGUUUCUACACCGCACAUUUAGCCAGGUCACUCAACAGUCUAUAUUUUGCUCUUUCCAACAUUGGACAACACUCGGAGGCACUCCCAUUUGUUGAAGAAAGCAUCAAACUCUACCGAUCAUACACCCAGCAUUUGGCCACAUCACUCAGCAAUCUACAUAAAGCUCUUUCUAAACUCGGACGGCACUCGGAGGCACUCCCAUUCAUCAAAGAAAGUGUUAAGCUCCGCCGACAGCUAGUUGCUGUGCACCCAGGAUCAUAUACCCCGGUGUUGGCCAUGUCACUCAGCAGUCUAUAUUCAGCUCUUUCUGAUCUCGGACAGCACUCGGAGGCCCUCCCAUUCAUCAAAGAGAGCGUCAAACUCUACCACCAGCUAGUUGCCAUUCAUCCAGGAUCAUACACCCCGGAUUUGGCCAAUUCACUCAACAAUUUAUAUUUGGCUCUUUCCAAUCUCGGAUGGCACUCGGAGGCGCUCCCAUUCAUUGAGGAAAGCGUCAAAUUCUGCCACCAGUUAGCUGCUGUUCACCCAGGAUCAUACACCCCGGAUUUGGCCAUGUCACUCAGCAAUCUAUGUACGGCUUUUUCCAAACUCGGACACCACUCGGAGGCGCUCCCAUUCAUUGAAGAAAGUGUCAAACUCUGCCGACAGCUGGUUGCUGUUAACCCAGGAUCAUACACCCCAUAUUUGGCCUCAUCACUCAACAAUCUAUAUUUGGCUCUUUCCAAUCUCGGACGGCACUCGGAGGCGCUCCCAUUCAUCGAAGAAAGUGUCAAAUUCUACCGCCAGCUAGUUACCAUCCACCCAGGAUCAUACACCCCAAAGUUGGCCAUAUCACUCAGCAAUCUAUUUGCCGUUCACCCGGGAUCAUACACCCCGGGUUUGGCCUCGUCACUCAACAAUCUAUGUUUGGCUCUUUCCAAGCUGGGACGGCAUUCAGAGGCGCUCCCAUUCAUUGAAGAAUGUGUCAAACUCCGUCGCCAGCUAGUUGCUGUUAACCCAGGAGCAUACACCCCAAGAUUGGCCAAGUCACUCAAGCAUCUACGUAAUGCUCUUUCCAAUCUCGACCGUCAUUCCGAGGCACAAAUGGUCCACAUUUAACAUAUGGUGGGCAAGCUUGAAUUGGAUGUUCAAAUCACAGUCGCAUCAUGAUCUUACAAUUCCUGAAUACACAUUCCUUUCUCUGGCACAUUUUUCCUCUCGUCGCUCAUCACUGAUGUACUGGUCCAAGUUUCUGCAUUCCACCACAAGCGGUGACUCCCGUUGCGGUUUGGGUGGAUGAUGACU